AUGGACAUAGGGUUUGAGAACACUGCCGGACAAGAGAACAUGCAGGCGUUGGCGGUUCUCUCCAGCGGCGACCGCUCCGCCUUUUACAGAUGCAAGAUGACCGGAAAUCAAGACACAUUGCUAGUGCAAGCUGGCCGCCAAUUCUUCCGAGAAUGCAACAUCACGGGCACCGUUGACUUCAUCUUUGGCUAUGGCAGUGCUGUCUUUCAAAAAUGCGACAUUUACAUCAAGAAAAAUCCAAUAGGCGGAACCAGCGUCAUCGCGGCCCAUGGCCGUAACAACCCAUCAGACCCAUCAGGCUUUUCAUUCCACCUCUGCACCAUCACCGGAGACCCCAAUGUGGUCAUUAAAGACUCGACUAACAACGGAGCGUACCUCGGUCGGAAUUGGGGGGUUUAUGCACGAACAGUGUUCAUAGAUUCGACCAUAAGCAAUGUUCUACGGCCGGAAGGUUGGCUCCAGUGGCAAGGCAAGGGUGUGGACAAAGUGUAUUUCGGGGAGUACAUGAACAAUGGCCCGGGUGCAAACGCUGCAAACCGGGUGAGCUGGCCUGGUUGUCAUGCGAGGAUGAGCCGAUCUGAGGCUGAUAGAUUUACAGUGGCAAAGCUUAUUGAUGGAACUUCAUGGCUGUCAACUGUAGGUAUCCCAAACACAAUGGGAUUGGAUGGAUCCUAA